AUGGGUAAAGACAUCUUGGAGCAGAAAAGCAUAAAAUGUGUUUCAUUAAAAAGAAUGCCAUUAGAGAGUUUGCCUCACAAAGACGUGGGUGAUUACAUAGAGGCGCAGCAGAUCAAUCGUUUACCCCGUCGAUUUCCUCGGUGGGACGAAGGCCGGACGGAACCGGCGCUCCGAGCGGCAAUCACGCGGAGGGAACUGUAUCAGGCCAAAAAGAACUUGCAGGAUGUGCGAAAAGCUGGCGUCAAAGCGCGAGCUGUCCUCCAAGUCCAAAUAGAUAAAUUAGUAGCGCAAGAAAAAGAUUUAGGAAGGAACUUCAUAAAAUUUAAUCGAUUCAUUAGAGAAAAUGCUGACAAACGCCAACGAGCUGAGAGAAAGAUUGCAGAAUCAAGAGUAAUAAACAAUCAAUUAAAAAGUGAAAUCAAUGAGCUGAGUGAACAGUACUCAGCAUACAUGAACAUUAAAAAUAGUUUAGUUAAUAUGAUAAGUAAGUAUAAAAUGUACGAAACAUUUCUGGAUAAAUGUGCUGAGGAAUCUCCAUACCUAACGAGCAUCUAUAGUGUCGUUAAGAGAUAUGAAGCAUUGAUGAGCGCUAGACAAGUCAUCUCCGAGAGGCUAAACGAGAACAUGUUAGCAUUAAAUAAGACCGUGGAAAGCGUCUCUCGCAUUCAAGCCGAAAAAAACGCCUUGAUCGGCCAGAUGAAAUACGAAUUGCGUAUGAAGGACGAGAGACAUGGAGAAGUGACUCGUUUUAAAAAUCAUUGGGAAUCAGCUAUUGUAAAAAUUUCAAACAUGGCUUAUGAUAAACUUGCUGAAAUAUUUUGUGUCAGAUUCAGCUCUUGGGAUCUAUAUCAACAACUUGCUGUUAGACGACAGUUGCCGAUUACAUUAGGAGAAUUCGAUCAAGAAGGUCAUUUUACAUUUAUCAAAGAAUCAAUACUUGAGUUGAGAAAGUGCGUAGAAGAAUCUAAAAAAAUUAUGAAAGAAGCAGAAGAGGACGACAAUGAUUUAUAUAACGACUGA